UGAUGAUAGGCUCAGUAUAGUGCAGUUUUCGUUACCUUAUUUACUUCUGGUGAGCGAAUGAUAACGGCUACUAUAAUAAUAGGGAGCAAAAAGUAACCGCUGCUUUUGACAAACAAGGGCAAGAGAUAUCAUCCUGAAACUAGAAAGCUGACGCUCCUUGGGUCAACAACCUGAAGAUUAUUAUUAUUUACCGAAGGCGGCAGUAGACACAUUGCUAUCAAGUGAAAGAGGGAGCCUAGAGCGAAAUUGAAAUACGAAUCCAGCUGGAUAUACAAAGUAAAAUAAAAGCGAGAGCGAAUCCUUAAAAUUGAUGGUAGCCGGGCAUAUUAUAGAUUGUACGUUGUUAAGGAAUGCAGAAACAGCAGAUUCGCAAGACAGCCUGCAGACGAAAAUAGAUUAAACCCGACACGGGCAACAUUCAAUCCAAGCUGCUCAAAGAGGUACCAAAUGAGGCACCUGGCAAUAACAUACAAUAUCCUUCAGCUUCACCCAACACCCGAUUUUCUUGAUUAAAAUAUCGCUUAAUAAGAUGAAAUAUAUAAAUACCAGAAGAUCAACUAUCAAGGUUGUCCCAAAUUAUACGAUAAAUACCUAUUGGAGGACUUUCUCCGAAACGAAUUGCAUGGUUGGCUGCAACUAAAUUUGAUGCAAGCAGCGACGCAAUAGUAGUUUCCGCGAAUCAGGAGAGCAUUCAAAGUAAAUUUAAACAACAUAAUAUAUUGAUCCAAUCAUUUUCGAUGAUCGCGCGUUAGGUGGGAGCAAGGGCUGUGGUAGUGAAAGCGUGUGGUCAUAACAUAGUAACCUUAACUCUCGAUUUCUGCUCUUAUUAAGUUGGUCAAUCGAGAGGUCAAUAGAUUUGAACAGUUUUAAAGGUAAGCUGCUUAAAAAAUGUGCGUUUUCUUCAAGUUGUAGUAAAAUCGUGUAUUUGACAGUAUGGGCAGAAAAGCUGAUAUUCCAGCACCUAAAACUAAUAAUUGCCGAAAAAUUGCCCGACUCGAGGAGUUGAUACUUAGCACCGGAAGGACAAUGACGCUUAAAAUCCACCAGAACGUAAAAAAGGAACCGUUUAAAAUCAUUUUGGAUGAGGAAUUUUUGAGGAAAGAGUUGUGUAGCACAGUUGCUGGGCUAAAAAAGCUCGAUAAUGUCCCUCUGGCGAAUAGGAUACGGAAGCAAAUAGUAAAACCUAUUCUUCCAUCAGAGGCAAGAAAUAAGAAAACCUUACCACCUCUUUUGGAGGUCGUGGACUUAGCCAUGGAGCUACAGCACAAUAUGUUUGAGAUUUCAUCGAAUACGAUAUCAGCCUAUCAACUUCAGUUGCUGCUCAUCAUACUAGAGUCGUUCGUUGCAAUACUGUUUAAUUGUUAUUACAUUCUCUCCAUAUUUUAUAAUCCAUCACAUUUUCGUUUACCACCAUACGAAGCUGGAUUAUUCUUGGCUUAUCAGCUACUUCAGCCGAUUGGAAACUUGCUUGCAAUCACAAUUACAUGUAUGAUAACCAUAAAUGCGGCAAAGAAAACCCAACAGAUUGUGAACAGAUUGAUUUAUCUGGCAAAAGAUGAGAAGCUCCAGCAAAGACUUGCACAAUUUUCAAUGCAAAUUCAAACCACUAUGCCUGCUUUUAGUGUGCUGGGGUUAUUUAAUAUCGACGGAACGCUUUUAUUCUCGAUUGCUGCGUCUACAACAACAUAUUUGGUGAUAUUAUUCCAAUAUUCCGACAAGUAGAAAUGGAAGGUGAUAAAUAUUGGCAACCUUCAAAGUUUAGCCGUAAUGUCUAAGUUGCAACAUUUUAGUUUUGUAUUCCAGAUUAUAUUAAUAUUGCAUGUGUAGAAAGUAGAACAUCUAUGCACAGGUUUUGAA